AUGCGGGAAUUUUAUAAGAUUCUAAAUACCAUAGUCCUACUGACAAUUGUGAAUGUAAUUAGCACCUUCGCUGAUGAUUUCAAUCAACAACCACAAAUACACUCAUAUAAUGGAGAAUUAAUAAUUCGUUCUGUGCCAUUUCGAAAUGUAACAUUUCGCGUCAAAGGUGAGGGAGGAAUCUUUGUUAACUCAGUGAAUGUACUCAAUGCUGUGCAAAAGAAAAAUAUGCAAUUACGUCCGGUUCACCAGGAAGAAGUGCUGACUUCACAAAGUCUGCAAGCGCUAUUGGAAACUUUCAAGGAUGAUUUGCAUACUCUGGGUGCACGAUUCGCCAUUUUACAAAAUCGGACUAGGGGUGGACAGACGUUAAAUAUACGUCGCAGUUUGGGGCGGAUACGGCGAUCACUUAGCCGAGCAACGCAAAUCGAAAACAAUCUGAUGAUAAAUGAGUGUCAGGAAGUAGGCGGAAAUGGUACUCGUUGCAAGAAUAGUGGUAUCUGUCAUGACGGCUAUAAAGAUUUUCACUGUGAAUGUGUAAACGGAUGGACGGGAAAAACCUGUGAAGAAGAUAUAGACGAAUGUUAUAUAUUAACAGGCACAGAUUUGGGAUGCCAAAAUAAUGGAGACUGUAUUAAUACUCUCGGAAGUUACAGCUGCUCCUGUCGUAACGGAUUUUAUGGCUCUCACUGCCGAAUGCGUAAAGCCAUUUGCGAGGAGGAGGGAAAUAGAGAGUUGUGUGUCCAUGGAACCUGCGUCCAUGCAAAUAAUGAUGCCGGAUAUACUUGCAUUUGCGAUCAAGGAUGGACUAAAAAUCAAGUAGUUCCAGAAGCGGCAUGCAACAUUGAUAUAAACGAGUGUGAUGAAGCUACUAAUCCCUGCCACAGUGAAUGCAUCAACUUACCGGGCAGCUUUAAAUGUAAUCCAUGUCCCACUGGUUAUACUGGCAAUGGAAUUUUUUGCUCGGACAUUGAUGAAUGCGCCACUAAUAACGGUGGCUGCAGCACGCAACCCAAAGUCUCAUGUAUUAACACCGAGGGAUCAUAUCAUUGCGGCAGCUGCCCCACCGGCUGGGAAGGUGAUGGAAAAAUUUGUGAGAGCACUGCUCCAGAAAGUUGCGAAUCAAAGAAUAUAUGUUACUUCAAAGCGAAAUGCGAUUAUAUAUCAAACACAGUUGUGUGCUCCUGCCCGCCCGAUAUGUACGGUCAUGGUUUUGGUGUCGACGGUUGCAGUGUGCUGCCAUCAGCACACCCUUGUACAAAUCAUACUUGUCAGAAUAACGCUACAUGUGAAAUGUUGGGAAGAGGUACUCGUUGCAUUUGCACACGUGGGUUUAUGGGUCCCACUUGUGACCAAGCUGAUGCCUGCCACUCCAAGCCGUGCCUCAAUGGUGGUACUUGUACUCUUCUAACAAGCAAUAAAUAUCGAUGUGCAUGCCCUCGCGGUACAACUGGUCAAAACUGCGAAAUCGUUCGAGAUAUUUGUGGAUCCAUAAUACGGGAUCGCUCAGGUUCUUUGUCAUAUCCUCCGGAUGGCGGUAAUUAUUUGCCGAACGAGCGAUGUGCAUGGAUCAUUCGCACUGCUGAUACGCUUAUUUUGAAUAUAACCUUUGCUAAGUUUGAUUUGGAAGCAGCAGCUGACUGCAACAAAGAUUGGCUUCAGCUGCAUGAUGGUCGCUCAUUGGCUUCUCGGUUAAUUGGUCGCUUUUGUGGUAAUUCUUUGCCGCUGGGCGGAAAUAUACAGACAUCGCAAAAUGCUGUAUUUUUCUGGUUUCGUUCAGACAAUGAGACAAAUGGUGGAGGAGUUAAUAUAACCUGGAGUUCGAUGGAGUAUAUUUGUGGAGAAGUGUUAUAUUUAAACGCUGAGUCAAAUGGUAUAAUACGAUCUCCAGGUUAUCCAGGAAAAACACCACCAAAUCGGGAAUGUGAAUGGCGUUUGGUUGCUCCUUUCGGUCAGCGAUUUUUGCUACGAUUUUUUGAAAUUAACUUGGGAAGUACAAGAGCCAAUAACUGUACUCGCGAUACAUUACGGAUAUAUGAUUCUGAUCUCGUAUUAAAAUCAGUUUGUGAACCUUCAUUGAUCGAGCCGUUACAUUCUUCUUCAAACAUCAUACGCUUACGCCUCCACACAGAUGAUUUCGGGACAGAUAGCUCAUUUCAAUUACAUUAUGAAGUUGUGCCGAGUGCACCAAAUUGUGGGGGUGUCUUUACAGAACCAUCUGGAAUCAUUACUGGCUACAUUAACGGGCGCAUCUGCUCGUAUGUUAUACGUCAACCAAUCGAUACCAAAAUUAAGCUGGAGUUUACAGAACUCGAAUUACUUAAAUCGGAAAGUUGUUUUUUACAAAAAGUCGAAGUUUUUGAUGGAGCUUCUGAUGAAAGCAAUCUUUUAAUUCGUCUUUGUGGCAAUCAAAGGGAGCUCGAACCCAUAAUUUCCAGCAGCAACGUUAUUCUUAUACGCUACGAAUAUGUUCUGCCAUCAUUUAGGCUGCCCAAAAAGUUUGAAGUGAAAUAUUCAAGAGUUUGCGGCGAGGAGUUUAUAAAUACUGAUGAUGGAGUUUUCACAACACCAAACUAUCCCAAUUCAUAUUUUGAACAUAUGGAAUGCGCCUUCACCAUACGCGGCCCAGUGAACUCUGUUGUACACAUAAAUUUUACUGAUUUUUCAAUUAGCUCAAAUAAGGCACAUUCUGAGUUAGGAAGCAUUUCUCCAUCCCCAUUGAAUGAUAGUACAACCUUGAGUGAUGACCGCACUUUUGUUGAUAUUUAUUUAUCGAAGAAUAAUAAACGCCGUUAUUAUGAAGCCACAUUCCUCCACUUGGUAUCAGAGAAAAAUGUGAUGAAUGUCGUAUUUCAUGGUGGCACCAAUAAACAAAACGGUCGUGGAAUACGAGUUGAAUACCAUUUUGAAGAAAUCAAGUGUGGAGGUGUUUUAACGGAAGAAAAGGGUAACUUUUCUCACGCAGCUGUAACGGAACAGAAUUGUGAAUGGGUUAUCGAAGCCCCAAAGGGAAGACACAUUCAAUUGGAGUUACGCUUAUGGUCUAUUGUCGAACGUAAUUCAGGAGAUGUGGUCGUGGACAUAUAUACCAAUGACACCUCUGCUGAAGGGAAGCUUUUGAUGAGCCUUUCUGGUAAAAUGAAAGAAAUCAAUGAAAUCUUGCAUGUAAACACUGUGACAAUAAUCUUACAUAUUAAGCGGAAUCUUAAUACUAUAUUGGAAAUGAAUGCUAAUUAUAAACUAGUGGAUGACAGAGAAGCUUGUGGCGGAAAUUUUACUGCACGUUAUGGAGUUAUCAAAACUCCUUCCUGGCCAAGACCCUACGAGGACUCAAUGGAUUGUGAAUGGAUAAUUAGCGCUCCUAUUGGCCACAAAAUUGAACUGUCUAUACAAAAUUUUAGUGUCGAAACUACUUCCAAAAAUUGCAACGAUGACUAUCUAGAAAUCAGAAAUGGUAAAAGUAGCACAUCCCCUUGGAUUGGUAAAUAUUGUGGCAGCAGUAUUCCAGUACGCAUACCAUCCUUUACAAAUUACCUUUAUCUACACUUCGUUUCCGACUCGUACAUCUCCGACACUGGAUUUUAUAUUACAUGGCAACAGACGGAGACGGGUUGUGGUGGUAAACUCAACUCGUACAAGGGUUCAAUACAUUCUCCUCACAAUGUUAAUGUUAAUGCUGGAACAGUCUCUUGUGAUUGGCAAAUAACAGUUUCUAGAGCAUCCACAAUUAUAAUAAAUAUUACGAGCUUCGGAGAUGACUCGGUCUUAUGCAAGCAAAAUUUACUAACAGCAUACGACGGACUAAGUGUUAAUAGUCCACGAAUUAUAUUCGCAUGUGGGAACAAGGGAAAUGCUCUUCAAUUGAAAACUUCAUCAAAUCAGGCUUUAAUAAUUUAUAAUUUUGCUGACAGUGAUGUUGAAGAUGGCUUGCAGUUCUUCAUCGAGUAUGAGACCAACUGUAAUGUCGUGCUUGACAACUUAAACGGUGUAAUUGAGUCACCUAAUUUUCCUGAUAUUUAUCCACCAAAUCUUAACUGCUUUUGGGACAUACAAAGUGGAAAAAACAAUAAAUUUCAACUGAUGUUUUCGCAUUUAGACAUUGAAAUUCGGGAUGAGUCAUGCGAUUUCGAUUAUAUAAUUUUUUUUGAUUUACACAACGACGAUGUGCUCUCCAAACAGUAUUUAUGUUCAAAUCCUCGCAAAGCUAUAACCACAGAAGGAAAUCGAUUCCAAAUAAGAUUUGUUACUGAUUACUCUGAGCCAGCGAAGGGUUUCAGGCUCGAAUAUAAGAGGAUUGGCUGUGGGGAAUAUUUGUCGGAAAAUUAUGGAAUUAUAAAAUCUCCUCACGCUCCUUACAGCACCGGAAUUAGCUGCGAUUGGUACAUCGAGGUUGCAGCAGGGAAAAAAAUUGUUCUCAACUUUGAUGAAAUCCAUAUCGAAACUGAACGGGAUGACUGCAGUGAUGAUGGUAUUAUUGUUUCAGAGGAAAAAAAUUCUACUAAUAUGCUCUUAAAGGAAUGCCGGAUAGAUCAAGUGCCGGUUACAAUAACAUCACAAGCAAAUCAUUUAUAUAUUCAUUUUUACACAAGCAGCAUUCGAACAAAGAAGUAUAUUUCGGCAAGCUAUACUGCGCGAGACUCAUCUUGUGGUGGCAUUUUCCAGGGCAAUAACGGGCAAAUAACCUACCCGACCCCAGGUGGUUUGUCUGGUAUCACUACAGAAUGUGUAUGGCUGAUCACAGUUGAGAAUAGUUACGGAAUAAAUCUUAUUUUCGAUCAUUUUAAUAUUAGCUGUAAUGGGUUUUUGGGUUUAUGGAAAGUAGAUGAUAGUUCGGAAGCACUUUUAGAAAAAACUUGUGGAGAUACAGUGCCCGCAAGUAGAUUGAUUCAAAGCAAUCGAAUGAAGGUUGUGUACAAAAUGAACGCAAGUGGGUCGGCACAAUUUUCAUUUAAAUUCAAAAAGGCAUGCGGAGGACAUCUGACUGACUCUUUUGGUUACAUAAAAUCUCGUUUGGACGAAAAAUGCGAGUGGAAAAUUGAAUCCGAAGGCACACACAUUUUUCUAGAUAUAUUGCAUUUGGAAUGCGACUGCUCCAAACAGGAAAAUUGCACAAAUGGCUUGAGAGUAAAUUUUUCUAUAAUAUUAUUGAAAAUUUAUUAAAAACUAACACACGUACAUUUUAAGUUGAUAGAUGGAAAUGGCAAAAACGAAUUGAAUAAAUUUUGCGAUAGUCACCAAUCCAAUAUAGCUCUGUCAACAAAUGCUCUGGACAUAUACGCCUCGAAGAUAGAAUUUAAAGCCAAAUAUAGUAUAGUACAAAGUUCCUGCGGAGGCGUACUCACCUCAUUGAGAGGCAUACUGACUUCCCCUUUCUAUCCGCAAUCUUAUCCAUCUAAUGUAGAAUGUAUAUGGGAGAUUAAAGCAGCGGCUGGCAACCAUGUUGAGCUGAUGGUUGAAUCAUUAGAUAUAAUGAAUUCAGAGAACUGCAACCAAGACUUUUUAGAAAUACGUCAGUCCAAUGAACGUGGCAAGAUUAUUCGAUUAUAUUGCUCAAAUGAAACAGUGACGGAGAAAAUAGUUUUGUUUGAAAAUGCAUGGAUCAAGUUUCGAAGUGUUGAAGGAAGUACAGGAAAUGGUUUUAAGCUAGCCUGGAAUUAUGCACACAACAAUGAGCUGCAUAGUACUGCAGGUUCGAUCGAGUCGCCGCCUUUGAAUUCAAUUUUCAAUCAAGAAACAUACACAUGGAGGAUUUUAUUGCCCAGAGGAAAUUUUAUUUCUCUCAAUUUCAAGGAAUAUAAUAGAGGCUUGAAAUUAUAUGAUGGCUUUGAUGACUUAGCUUUGGAAAUACCCAUUCCGGAUUCUCCUUGGCAAUACACAUCUAGUAGCAAUGUUUUAUAUUUGGUUAGUAUUAAUAAUGAAUUGGACGCUUUUAAAAUCGGUUGGAAAACUGUUAACAACAGUGGUGUGCAAACUAAUCUAUCCAGAAAUGAUUGCAAUAGGACAUACGUAAUAAAUUAUAGCAAUCGCUUAAAUAUUUCCUCGCCCGGCUAUCCGAAUGGUUAUGCUCACAAUUUGGACUGUGAAUGGAUAAUAAAACCGGAAGACUCUACCGAACACAUUGUGCUGAACUUAUACGAGGUCAAGCUUGAGACAUACGGCGAGUCAGAUUAUUUGCAGAUCUUAACAUCCACUAAUUUGAUAGACUGGCAUAAAGAACUGGAUAUUUCUGACAGCAAUGAUAUGUCUAUUAUUCCGAUUAAAGUUAUACAAGGAACGCCAUAUUUGAAACUUGUGCUUCAUACAGAUUUCAGCUUCAAUCGCACCGGUUUCACAUCGUUAGCAAAGACUGCUUGCGGAUCGAAUAUGACCGCUCUAGCAGGGCAAAUAUUAGGAACAAAUGUUAUGCGCUCGUUUAACUCCAAUUCAUAUUGCAUAUGGCAUAUUGAAGUCCCGACCGGAAGAAAGAUUGCUCUUCGUUUAGAUUUUGGGAAAAAUAUUGUGCCUAUAGCCAAAACUUGCCGCCAAUAUGCAAUAGUGUAUGACGGUUUUGAUGGCAAUGCACCGAUAUUACCCCCUGGACACAUAUGCAACCAAGAAGGUCGAAAUGUCAAAAAUUUGGAAUCGUCGACCAACCGUUUAACAAUUAAAUACAACCUCAACUGGACUAAUCCUUUUGAAAAAGAUUUGGAUUUUAACAUGACAUAUCAAGCAAUUGCAGAGUGUGAUACCGAAAUACAGCUGACACAUUACCUUAGUUCAAUUAACAUAAGCUCACCUAACUAUCCCAACGUUCCCAACCCGCACACUGAGUGCAAUUGGAUUAUAAUUGGUCCUGUGGGCGAAACACUGCAAGUUGAAUUUUUAGGACACUUCAGCUUUAAUACCCGAUAUUGCAAAAAGGAAUUCAUCGAAAUAUUUGAUGGCUCCACCGAAUUGGCACGUAGUUUUGGACGUUUCUGUACAAAGCCGAAUACAAUUCGAUCGACAGGAAACAUUCUUCGACUACAUUAUUUGACCGAUUUAAACGAGCCACGAAAUGGAUUUCAAGCUAAUGUAUCGAUUGCCAACUGUGGUGGCACUUAUGCAGACUUAGUUGGCGAAAUCACAUCAAAUGGGUACCCAGAGAUAGGCGCUUAUCCAAAACCAGCCGUUUGUGAUUAUACAAUUAAAAUGCCCACCAGAUCUCGAAUGCGUUUGAAUUUUGCUGAUCUGGAUUUAGCUUACGAAAGAAGUAAUAUAAAUCGAUCUGAUCGUAUUGAAAUUGUUACACUUAGCGAGAACCCUGAAAUAGUAACAGUUUUAUAUGGGAACUCUACGAUUAUGCCAGUUCUAGAUAUUGAUACAAAUGCAGUCACGCUACGCUUUGUAACAUUCCCUGGAAGCUAUUUGCACCGAGGAUUUAAAUUAAGAUUUCAGCGUUUAUAUGGCCUUUGUUACCGUGAAGUUGACAAUGAUUCAGGUAUACUGUCAUUCAGCACGCUGGAUCAGGUACCCAUUUAUGUAUCCUGCAGAUGGAAAAUCAAAGUUCCAAAAGGCCAACGAGUAACAUUCGAGUUUCAAAAAUUCGAAGCCCAAAGUGUCGUCAAUAAUACAGAACGUUUUAUAUUGCAAACUUCUCCCCAUCGAAAUGCGCUGAUACAAAAAAUUGCAUUUUACAAUGAUCCCGAUAUGCUUUCGAAAAUUACCGAGGUCGAUAUAAACAAUUUUAACUUGUCUCAGCAAAUAGUGUCUUCUGACAACUUUAUGUAUGUACGCUUCGAUAUUCAUCGCCGCUUUCCGUCAAUACGCAAACUUCAGGCACGCUAUAGUUCGAACGAGGAGUCUCCCUGUCCACCCGAUAUCAACAAACAGAUUUCUGGAUCACUCGACACAAACAGAUUACCCUGGAAUACCAACUUCUUUUGUACCUCACGAUUCAUAUUAAGUGGAUUUGAAACCAUAACUUUUAAGAUCGGAGAGAUUGUGGUUUACAGAAAUAAUCCAUUUCACAAUCCAUAUGCCAUUCGUUUCCAAGAUGAAAGUUUACUUAUGCCAUAUAAAAUGAUAUUUACAAAUAUCACUGAUAUAGAGGUGUCGCUAUCAUCCAAAGGUGGCAUGCUCAAUAUGCUGCAAAAUGAUGAUAUUAAAAUUAGUCGGUUUUCAGUAGAGUUUCAUCGUCAUCCCUGUGGAGGAAGCUUCAACGUAGCUAAAGAUUUCAAAAUUAUAUUUCCUCCAGAAAAUGCUGUACAUAAUGGUGAUGAACAUCAUAUAGAAUGUGCGUGGACGAUUAGAGGAGCCUCUGAAAGGCGACCAUAUAAGCUGCUUGGUAAUAUCAGCUUAAUUGAUGACUGCAGUAAAGAAUUUAUUGCCAUAUAUUCUGGUAUGACUCCGGAGCUUCCACAAAUUGCAAAAAUUUGUCAUAACUCAACAGAGCUUAUUUCUGGUAUCAAUUUAAAAAAGCAUUUAACGACUAUAUUAUAUCACUCCGAAGAACCUAGAGCAAGUACAUCAUUCCAGAUAACUGCUAAAGCGUCUAUUACUUGUGGCAGUAAAACGAUGGUUGUAAUUAGCCCUCCACCAGUUUCAGUGGAUUCUAAAACAUAUAAAAACAAUAUGGAAUGCAGCUGGGAGUUCGAAACAAGUCAUGGACUCUACUUGAUUGUAAAUUUCUUAGGUAGAUUUUUUAUAGAGAAAUCCGAAAACUGUUCUAAGGACUACCUGGAAAUAUAUUUUUAUGAAAAUAACAUUUGGAAUCCAAAAGAACGUUUUUGUGGUCGAGAAGUUCCGAGCACGUACAAUGCCACGUCACAUCGUAUAUUAAUAGUGUUUCGCACAGACAAUACAACAACAGGUGAUGGCUUCACUUUUCGAGUAUCAUCAGCUUGCAUCACCACUUUCCAUGUUACCAAUCAAAUGCAGGUAGUACGAACUCCUGAUCCGGAAAGCACGCCGUAUUCCAGGUUUCAGUGUUCAUAUACCUUCGUAUCAAACUCAGAUAAGGCAAUUAGGUUGCAAAUAAAGAAUAGUGAAUAUACACAUGCCCGUAGGCAAAUGAACAGGUCAUGCCCAUUGGGAUUUAUAGCCUAUAAGAAAGACGAAGAAGGAAACGAAAUUAAAGCAGGCGAAUAUUGCGAAGCAGCAGAAAUACUCGAGUACCGUUAUUUGCGUUUAACCAUUAUCACGGUCUACGAAGCCUUUCAAAUAGCAUAUCAAUUAAAUUCUUGUGGCGGAAAUAUCUCCCAAUCGACAGUGAUUCGUUCUCUGUCCGCGACGAACGUGGAAAGUGGUAACGACUAUUUAUAUGCGGACAAUAUGAACUGUAUAUGGAAUAUAAUGGCACCGCCGGAUCAUUCCAUAUUAGUAAGGUUUAAAUAUUUCGAUAUGGAGAAAAAUGAAAAAUGCUCACUUGAUUUCGUGACAAUUUACUUAGGCUCUUCACCGAGGACAGAGAAUGAGCUUAUUAAAUUAUGUGGUAAUUUAAGCGCAAAUCCGCCACUGGUUUUAGUGGACGGCAGCCAAGCCGUUAUUGCGGCUGUAUCUGAUAGUAGUUAUGCGAAAAAGGGCUUUCAAGCUGAUAUUUUAUUUGUUCGCAACUGUAAUGAACGCAUUGCAUUGACUAACGAUGACUCAGUUGCACAGCAACUUAUAAUGAUUCGGAAUUACACAGUGAACUCAACUGAGGAAUUGCAUUGCCAAAUCCGUGUAACAGCUCCGGAGAGUUAUCGUGUCAAAAUUCAAAUAAGAAAUCUGGAUAUUAAUCAAGCACGAUGUCCAGAUGAAACAUGUGCACAGUGCAACUAUUUAGAGGUAAUAGAAGGGGCGGACAAGAGUGACACCACCUUGUCCAUGGGCAAAUUUUGCACAAAUAAUGAAACGAAAAGAAAGUUAAUAACGUCCAAUGAACAUGCACUGCUACAAUUUAGCUUUACAAGACAAGGGAAUUACACCCCUGAAAUUGUUCUAGAAAUCGAAAAAUCCGUUUGUGGCGGACGAAACGAACUAGAACUUCAAAGCGAGAAGGUCAUAACGAUCCAAUUUCCACCUGAAGGCGCAGUAUAUCCUCCUAAUGCUCAUUGCAAAUGGCGCAUAAAAUCGGAAACACACUUUCAAAUUCAUUUCGAAUACAUGCUUUUACAAAAGCCAUCUGCAGAGACGGGUCAGUGUGUUGAUUAUCUGCGGAUAGCACAUGUUAAGAGAACAGACAAUUAUUGUGGUAAUUCCACAGGAUUUACCAAAUACAUUACUAAACCUAGAGGACAUCGGGACGAUUAUACCGAUUUGACUUUUCACAGUGAUGACUCCGUCGAAGACAAAGGUUUCAAGAUAACAGUUUCAACUCAACAGCCUUGUAAUCGCACACAUACGAGGCUCAGUGAGUUUAUUGACUUCAAGCCGCAAAAAAAUUCCAAUCAAACGUGUGUCGCAGAUAUUAAAGUGCCCGAUAAUUACACAAUCAACUUGUAUGUUCGCAUGUCCACGCCAGAAUAUGUGGAGUGGAAUUGCUCUAAUCCAAAUUUCCAAAUAAACGAUACUACAAUUAACAAAAAUCUGAGGUCGCACUGCAUCUCGUAUUUCUACGAAGAUCAUAUUCACACAAACAUAAGCGCAGCGCGUAUAUAUACCAGAUCGCUUGAUAAUUUCCAAAUGUUUUACUUUGCUAGCCACAGGUCUUCAGAGCCAGGAUGUGGCGGUGAGAUAUAUGCAAUCCAAGGCGUUAUUUCGAGUCCCUCCUACGAGCAUCGGAAUUUUUCAGAAUGUCGUUGGGAUAUUUCAGUGCCAGAACCAAAUCGCAUAGAAGUAGUUUUCACAACUUUCGAUAUGGGUUCGAAGGUGAAUUGUGACUUAGACUAUGUGAGCAUCAUAGAAAUCUCGCCGUCUGGAGAAGAGAAAGUAACAAAAAAUGUUUGCGCAGACCAAUCCAUUGAUGAAUUCAUCUCGAAAACCAGCAGAGUUGCUAUUGUUUCCAAAAAAUCGCCUAACUUUAAUGGAAAUGGUUGGAGAUUAAAGUUUCAACAAUUCUACUGAUAAAGACAUUGGUGGAAAAAUAUUGUGCGAUAAGAACAUAUUCUUAGAGAUAUUUAUGAAAUAUUUAA